AUGCUCGUGGUCUCAGCGCUACGUCAGCAGUGAUACAGAAACAUGGCGGUGUCCAUAGCACAGCGCCCGGCUGCCAACACUCGGGUGUUGAUAUUAACUUUUCUCACACCGUUAAUAUUUCACCACACCCUCGCUGACAUCCCCGCCGGUGCCCUGACGCAAGAGGAGCUUCCUCACAGCCGGUUUGAGUACAAAUACAGCUUCAAGGGACCCCACCUGUCUCAGAGCGACGGCGGGAUCCCGUUUUGGAUUCACACUGGAAAUGCUAUUCCUAGUUCAGACCAGGUGCGCAUCACGCCGUCCCUCAGGAGUCAGAAGGGCUCUGUGUGGACCAAAAACCAAGUCAACUUUGAACACUGGGAGGCCAAGGUGACCUUCAGAGUGUCUGGACGAGGCCGGAUGGGAGCGGACGGUUUGGCCAUGUGGUUCACCACAGAACAAGGCCUCGACGGUCCGGUGUACGGAGCUGCCGACCAGUGGAAUGGAGUCGGAAUCUUUUUUGACUCCUUUGACAACGACGGGAAGAAAAAUAACCCAGCUAUAGUUGUUGUGGGAAACAAUGGCAAGCUUGUUUAUGACCAUCAAAAUGACGGCACCACACAGGCCCUCGGCACAUGUUUACGAGACUUCCGCAACAAACCCUAUCCUGUCCGAGCCAAAAUAACAUACUACAAGAAGACGCUCACGGUGAUGUUCAACAAUGGUUUCACUCCAGACAAAGAAGACUAUGAGUUCUGCACAAAGGUGGACAACAUGGUCAUUCCCAGCGAGGGCUUCUUUGGGAUCUCAGCGGCCACUGGAGGUUUAGCAGAUGACCACGAUGUUUUGUCCUUCUUACUGUUCAGUCUGACAGAGCCAGGCCAGCAGCCGCCCCCACCUGAAUCUGAGAUUCCUAAAGAAGAGAAGGACAAGUACCAGGAGGAAUUUCAGAACUUCCAGCAAGAGCUGGACAAAAAGAAAGAGGAGUUUCAGAAAGAGCACCCCGACAUCCAAGGAGAGCCAAUUGACGACAUUUAUGAGACUGUGAAUGAUCAGGAAAUCCGUCAGGUGUUUGAGGGUCAGAACCGGAUCCACCUAGAGAUCAAACAGCUCCACCGGCAGCUCGCUAUGAUCCUGGACGAGCAGCGGAGAUACGUUUCUGUCAUCACCGAUGAGGUGGCCAAGAAGGGAACAAACGCUGAGUCGGGACAGCUGGACGCCGUCGGUCAACAGCAGUUGGGCUCCGUCAUAGCCACCCAGCAGGAGGUCCUCAAAAACCUGAACGAGCUUAGGAACUCCUUUUAUGAGUCUCUGAAGCAGAUCGGCUCAGUGCAGCAGCAGGGGAACGCGGGCGCUUUGGGAACAUAUGAGACCAUCCAGCACUUCAACGACAUCAAGGAGCAUCUGCACACGGUCAAAAGAGACAUUGAGCAUCUGGUGCAGCGUAACGCUCCGAAUCCAGUGGACAAGGCGGUGAAGUGCCCUGAGGUGCCUCCCAUGCCUUCCUGCUUAUCCACAGUUCACUUUACAAUCUUCAUCGUUGUCCAGUCAGUCCUCUUCUUCUGCUACAUCAUGUACAAAAGUCAACAAGAAGCAGCAGCAAAGAAGUUCUUUUGAUAAAAUGCAUUUCUAAAAAGAAAGUGUGUAAAUGAGGGAAUGUCCAUUUUGGUGUUUUGUUUUUUGGACUCUUUUUGAGAUCUUAAAUUAUUGUACUUGAAAAAAUGGUUUUGCUGAAGAAAUUUGUUUUAAUUAAUAGCAGACUUUUUAAUUUGAUCAGUAAUUUGCUGUGUAUGAAUGCUACUGUGAGACCUUUGGAUUUCCAACAUGAUGUAACAUGUUCCUUACAGUAUUUUUGGUUGGAUCCUUUUUGAUGUUGUUUUCAAUCUCCCCGGGUCCCAUUUUAUGAAACUGAACUGACUACAAAGAAACCUGUGUUUUGAACUGUGCAAUUUUGUAUAAAAGAAUGCUGAACUAUUGGUUACGAAAACUCAGAGCAGACGUCUGCUUCCGUUUAUCUGCUUUGAUCGAGUCAGAAGCUGAUAAUAAUGAACACAUGAACAAUUUACAUAAAUAUGAAAAAACAAACAAA